UUCCCAUCUUUCACAGCUAGCCGUUCAUUAUACGAUUGUUGGCAUCGAGUAAAGAAGUGCAAGAGAAGACGUGAAUAAAAGUUUACAAGUGAAGAAAUAAAAUCCGAAUUAAAAUAAUCCGCAGGAAUUUAGCAGGCUGCAAAGUUAAGAAAAUCGAAGUUAAACUGUGAAUUACCUGUGCAAAAUUGGAACAGCGCAUACGACUACUCCGAAACCUGCAGGAACAUUUCGGUGUUCAAACCACCAUUUGCGGGAGGCUGUCCCCCUGGUAGUUCGAUUCAGCAGUUGCUUAGAAGCGGUGUCGGUAAAAACUGUGAUCCUAAAAGAAAAAAAAAAGUUCUCUGUCGAAUCAAAAUCGUUGACAAAAAAAAAGACAUUCGAGCAGAACCGAACCCAGCCGACGUUUUGUGUCGUGUUUGAGGAGCUCACCUACCAAUUCAUAGAUGAAAAAUAGCACAUUACUGUACAGAUAAAAAGAAGACUUAUCAACCGUAAUAUUCAAACAAAGUGCAUGGUGUUAAAAAAGUUUUUAAGUGAUAAGAAGAGACGGAAAAUCUAGAACAAACAAAAAAGAAGCAAAGAAGUGAAGAGAACAAGACUUUUAAUUUAUUAUUUAUAUAUUAGCUGUAAAAAGUAAAAUACGAAGCAAAUCAACUUGUAAACAGGUUACACGAAGAAAGGAUCCAACAUUGUGCGAAAAACAGAAGUCAGAAAAAACAGAGUAGUGAACAAAAAGUCGCAGAAAAUCGGUCAUCAUCCACGUAAAUCGUUUUUUACUAUUGGAAAAAGCAAAGCAGUGACGUUUGUAGCAUAUUAAGUGUAAAAAGAAACAAUUUGUAAAAGAAUACCAGUAGUGUUGUAAGCUAAGCUAGACGCACUCUACUACAAUCAACAUGAUGACUGAAACGCUGAAUUCUAAUAAUCACCUCAGCCAGAAAGGCGAGAACAAAAUGGAUGACAUGGGAUGGAAGGCCAAACUCAAACUACCGCCCAAAGAUAAUAGAAUUAAGACAAGCGAUGUAACGGAUACUCGGGGUAAUGAGUUUGAGGAGUUUUGUCUAAAGCGGGAGUUGUUGAUGGGUAUCUUUGAGAAGGGCUGGGAGAAGCCGUCGCCAAUCCAGGAGGCAGCCAUCCCGAUCGCACUAGUUGGUAAGGACAUCUUGGCGAGGGCCAAAAACGGUACCGGCAAAACGGGCGCGUACAGCAUUCCUGUACUAGAGCAAAUCGAUCCGACCAAGGAUUAUAUCCAGGCGCUGAUCAUCGUGCCGACACGUGAGCUGGCACUGCAAACAUCGCAGAUUUGCAUUGAACUCGCAAAGCACAUGCAUAUCCGGGUAAUGGUGACUACUGGUGGUACCAACCUCAAGGAUGAUAUCAUGAGAAUAUAUCAGAAAGUUCAAGUGAUCAUUGCCACGCCCGGCCGUAUACUGGAUCUGAUGGACAAGGAGGUAGCAAAUAUGGCCAAUUGCCGUAUGUUAGUAUUAGACGAAGCGGACAAACUGUUGUCGCAAGACUUCAAGGGCAUGCUGGAUCAUGUCAUAAUGAAAUUGCCAAAAGAGCGCCAGAUUUUGCUGUUCUCGGCGACAUUCCCGCUGAGCGUAAAGAACUUCAUGGAAAAGCAUCUGCGCGAGCCAUACGAGAUCAACCUAAUGGAGGAGCUCACCCUGAAGGGUGUCACCCAGUACUAUGCGUUCGUCCAGGAGCGGCAGAAGGUGCACUGCCUCAAUACCCUAUUCUCAAAGCUGCAGAUCAACCAAUCGAUCAUCUUCUGCAAUUCGACACAACGUGUCGAACUGUUGGCGAAAAAGAUCACCGAGCUCGGCUACUGCUGUUAUUACAUUCACGCCAAGAUGCAGCAAGCGCACAGAAAUCGCGUUUUCCAUGACUUCCGAUCCGGGCUGUGCCGGAACUUGGUCUGCUCCGAUCUCUUCACGCGUGGUAUCGAUGUACAGGCUGUGAACGUUGUUAUUAAUUUCGAUUUCCCCAAGAUGGCGGAGACCUAUCUGCACAGAAUUGGUCGAUCCGGACGUUUCGGACAUCUCGGUAUCGCCAUCAAUCUGAUCACCUACGAAGAUCGUUUUGAUCUUCACCGCAUCGAGAAAGAGUUGGGUACCGAAAUUAAGCCUAUACCGAAGGUGAUCGAUCCUGCCCUUUAUGUGCCUCGACCGGAGGAUCAAAACAGCACAGAGGAAGAACAAAACAUUAGCAAAUAAGCCACUAUUAGUUCCACGUAAUCUACGCAGUCUUGUGGUACAACGCACGACACCGGCGAAUGCUUUGCAUAAUUCCCCUUCUUUCUACCUGACCGAUGGAUAGCAUAGUAUUUUUUUUUGCGGAUAUUUGAUUGAACUCUUAAAUUCUUUCUUUUGUCCGCAGAACGUUUCUUAGGAAAUUUUCCUCCGUCAAAUAGAAAGUGUAGCUCUGCAGCUGCCAAGUACAAACACGCAACUGGCAAUAAAUGUUUAUAAGGGAACGUUUUGUUGGAAAAGGAUAAAACUUUAAUUUACGCAACAAAAUAUCCUCAAAUUUUAAAGUACUAUACAAUCGCGCGAGAAAGGUUUUUUUUAAAGAGGGAAUGUAUAAAUAAUGUUAGAAGUGUUUUUGAGAAAAUCGCGUAAACGAACGUGUUGAGACCAAAAAUUGCGUGGAUUCGACCAUCGCCACUGCGUAUAUUAGAGGAAACAAGGAGCAGAAAAAGCAUUUUUUUGUAUUUCGACUAAAAUGGUAGACAAAGCUAACAUCCGGAAGCAGGGAAACAUUCGUCGAAGACGAAUGGGCUCAGUGGCAUACGUUCAGCAUCAAUCAGUGAACAGAUUACGAACCAAUAUCUGUAUAUAGAAAAUUAAGAAGAAACAAAAACGUCGACGAAUGAGAUGAAUCAUCGAGCUCACCACGAAAGUACCGUGUGCAAUUUCGCUUCCAAUCUACCAAUCUGCAAUGUGCAUUUCUUGCAGACUAAAGGGAUCAUUUGAAGUCGAUUAACCAGAAGAACUACCGUAAAACUAAACGAGAGUGCCGGAGCUGCUUUACAAACAUGCGAGACGAACUAAUAUUGGUCAUGAAGCCAGAGUCAAGUUUUUUAAAUAGUGAAGAAUUAAAAAAAAGGGGAAAUUGAAAUAUACAUAAACUACAUAGAA